AUGAAACUGUCGCGCUUUGAGUUGUGGUACUUACUGAUUCUUUCUAAUGAAAGCUUCUUUAUUAAGCGGGUUCCAGAUUUAAAGUUGAAAAAACGUGACUUGGAAUCUAUGUCGUGUGUGCCAGCAAGAACGGGGAGACAAAGACAGCGUUAUGAAGACAACCUUCGACUUGUUUCUGGAUGUAUUCCGUAUAGAAGGAGAAAGGAGAAUGGAGACCAAAUGGAAAAGACUGGGGAAAUGAUAGAAGUACUUAUGGUUUCUUCGCCAAAACGUGAUGACCUUGUAUUUCCAAAGGGUGGUUGGGAGGAUGAUGAGACUCUCAUAGAAGCUGCUUGUCGCGAAGCUUUAGAAGAAGCGGGAGUUAAAGGAAUUUUAAGAGAAACUCCAUUAGGGAUGUGGGAAUUCAGAAGCAAAAGCAGUCAGGACUUGUGUAGUAUGGAAGGAGGCUGCAGAGGAUACAUGUUUGCCUUGGAGGUGACUGAAGAACUUGAGGCAUGGCCUGAGCAGAACAAUCGUGCUCGCCAAUGGUUAAGCAUAAAAGAGGCAUUUAGACUCAGCCGAUACGAUUGGAUGUGUAACGCACUCGAGGAGUUUACAAAAGUUAUGGCAGAGGAGAAUGUCAUCGAUCCUCCUUCAGUUAUCCCAACAGAUGCUUCAGAAUGUCAAAGUGUGUCGCCCAACUGCUAUAAAAGAUCCUCGAAUAUGCAGCACCACGGCGUGCCUUCUAAAGCGAAUCUACUGCAACGCGCUUCUCAAGAGAUAGCCAUCCAUUUUGGCUAUUGA